AAGAAAAAAGGAGGGUAAAGAGUAAUAAAUUCCCAACUUCUUUCCUCUUCUUUAUUUUUCCUCAUCGUGAGAGACCGUUUCAAGAAAGAAGAGAAGAAAAAAAGGAAAAAAGAGCGGGUCUCUGAAAUGUAUUUGCACGUUUCCCAACGAAGGUGUGUAAAAUGGGGGAUCGUGCGAGACCAAGAUGGCAGCGAAAGGGAGGCGAAAACGAUCGAUAAGUUGACAGGAGGAUGAAGAGGCGAUCAGGUUUGCCUGGCGUUCGUCUAAUCGCGUAUUCGGUCAAUAUUUAACGCGUUCGCGUUCGCGUCGCGCGUGCUUUCCCUCUCUCCCUUAAACUCGAAUCGAAAAGCUUCGGUACGACGCUACCAGGCGGCAGCCGGCCCGAAUCCCGUCGACACACCUUGGCAGCGCACCUGUGUCAAGCCGCGCGCCGCGCUCUCUCGCCACCUUCGCUCUCGAAUCGUAACCGCGUCUGCGAGUCGAUUGUCGACCGUCGACGCGACACAAAUCGCAUUCACGUUGCUCGAUAUCGCGGCCAAAAAAACCUGAAUCCCACGGAAAUCAUCACGUUCGAUGCGAAACGAUUCACCUUGCUCUCCUGCCACGGUAAGUAUUUCUCCAUCUUUCAAUUUUCCCGCUUCGAUUCGUUCACUUUUUUUCUCGCUCUUUCUUCACGCUCUUCUUUACCUCUCGUUCGAAUUCUUUCUUCUCUUCCCUCUCUCUUCUUUUUCAACCAAUUCGUUCUAUCGUCUCUCGGAGAGAGUGUUCUUUAAUAUCGCGAAUUUAUCGUUUACAAUACACGGCGUGGAAUAUGAAAAUAAGAUAUCGAGAUGAGAAAAAGGGUAUAAAUAACGGAACCGAUUUGUUUCAUCGUUCGUCCGUAAGACGGUGGAGCAAUUUGGGGGAGAAAGGAGACGAAGGGAGCGUGUAAGGAGGAAGAGCGGAAGAAUUGGAAACGAAGGACGGUGUGGUACGAUGCAUGGGGCGUUGUAUCGCGACACGGAGGUGUCGAGACGAAACGAGUCGUGGCAAGACGAGGUAGGGCGCGACGCGUUGAGUCAAGGCAAGCCGAUAUUUGGAAAGACGUAUGGUAGCUCGGUUGUUCGGUAGCGCGUGCACGGACGAACGAACGACAAACGAAACAGAAACACUUGUGUUUUACGUUCGACAACACUUGUGGAUGGACCAUGAGCCACGAUCUUCUCUUUUCGUGGCUCGAUCAGUUUUAUUCGUCUCGUGCAAAGCCCGACUGUUUUUUUUCCCCAAGAUUCGAUCGUUUCAACGAAUUCAAAUUAUUUUGCGGUUCACUCUUUUCGUCUCGUCCAAUAUAUACGUACAUACGUAUACGUACAUACGUACGUAUAUACAUAUAUAUACAUAUAUAUAUAAAUGUCGCGUGCCACAACCAUCUCGACGAAGUCUACCGCGAAACUAUACGAUAUCCAGACGAGAGAUACCCCUGUGCACAGAUAUUUUAUUAAUCGUUAAGCACAUAGCUGUGGUAAGAUAAUGGAAUAAUAUCGGGCAAUGACGAUAAUGCUGUUUGUCGUGCGUGGCGUUAAUUAUUGGACUCGAGAGUCGCGUAAUCGGUCGAGCAGAUCGCGUUUCAUCGUUUUCCCUCGAAACGUGCAACCCUCCCUCCGCUCUUGGAGACUCGCGCGUUAAAUUAAAUUUGAAAAUUCGCAGUAUUUAUCAGAAACCCGCGGCUGGAAAAAUUACAAUCCAACCUAAUUUCUUGCAAGAAAUCUUGGCUUCGUUUUACGGAAAGGUGAAUCGUUUCCUACGACGGUACACGGAGGAGGUGGAUUGUUUAUUCGUGGAAAGCCACAGAAUGUUCCUGCGUUGUAAAUUAUUACGAUAAUUGCGUUGUAAAGAGGCGCGAUCGCGCGCACCAGAAUCGGGCCGAUGGAUCGCGUUAUCGUAUCGUAAAGAGCUUUAAGGCGGUGCUCGCGAUUCGAGAGCUGAGCGCGACGUUUAAAUCCAUAGUCAAACUCAUUCUCCACGUAGAUUCUUAGCGAAAAGCCUCGAAAUGUGUUCCGAUUCUAACUCGAACCGAAUCGAGGAGAUGGAAAAUUACGCGGAUUCGGGGAAGAACGGGUUGCGUAAUCGAGCGUGGAUCGCGGACACGCGUCAUCCCUUCACGCGUGCGCAGCUUCGAAGACGGAGAAGAGGAAGAAGAAAAAAAGAAAAAAAAUGUCAUUUCUUACGGUGAUCGUCGCCUGUCUUUCCGAUAUCGUGUUUAGCUUGACACGCACGCACCCAUACCAGCUCAUCCGGGAUUUUCAUUUACGCCGAUAAGAAUUUCCUACUGAUAAAGAAAAUGGCCUCGCCGUGUUCGCGAUUCUGACGCAACCCUUUCGGUCAUUCCACAAAAAAAAAAAAGAAAGAAAGGAAAAAAUCGAAAAGCAAUCGAGACACCUCUUUUCGCCUCAUCCCCCGAUCGGGUGACUCACUCCGUGAUUUUUUUCGUUUCACUCGAUUAAUCUGUUCGCGAAGGUUGUCGCCUCUCCAACACUUGGUUUCACUCACGCGGGGAUCGCGUGGGUUAGGAUGCACGUAAUUCUCCAGCAUUCGAGUCGAUAUCGGAGUCGCGGAUCGGUCGAGUCGGAUCAUUCUGCUCGUGCUCGAGGGAUGGGGCGCCGCGCGGUGUUGGAGCGCGAGUACUCGGAACUAGAGAAACGGCCCUACGCCUUCCUGGCGAACCCGACGACUGAAAUUAUCAUUUUAGCUGAUAUACUAGCUAAUAUUAUAAAGGGGGAUUGUGCAGUGCGCGUCGGAUAAUCACAGGCUGGACAGCGUGUCAGGAUCGAACGUCGACCACAACGGAUUUUUCACUCGCCAUUCUUCGAAGAUCGCAAUGAAGGAGACGUUGACGAAGCAAGAGAUUAAGCGCGAAUGGGAGGAAAACAACGUGGACGAAGGUUCACCCAGGAUGCCCAUGGUUGGAGCAAAUCCAGAUGAACAAUCCAUCGAGAGUCCCCGGACAGUGAUCACAGCGAGAAGGCACGUGCGCACCAUCACCACGGCUGGUCAUAUAACCGAGACAGUGGUUGAUCCGGAACCAGACUCACCCGAUAAUCUCCAAUCGCAGCGGCAACAGCAGCAUCAUCGAUCGAUGGAUGAACAUGGACAGCAAACUCGAUCGCGCACGUUUCAAGAAGAGCAACAGCAAGAUCAAGCAUGCAAACAGAAUUCGCAGAGCUACGUGCAAAUUUCUCACACCGAGGCGGAAAUUCAACAACAGGAUCGUUCUCGAGAGCAACGUAUAGUUUAUUUAACGAGCAACGGACAAGAAGUGCGAGUCGUAGCAGAAGCUGUAGAUCCGUCUACAUUGACGGUGAAAGAGACUGUUAGGUAUGAGACAUCAGAAUCCGAUGGAACAGAUGCGGAUCGCAUGUACGCUUAUCCGGCGGAUGGCCAACAAUUGCAAAGAGAGAACCAUGGGAUCGCUGUUCAAGCGCAGGAAAGGCGAGUCGUCCAAUCAGCCAAUCAUCAAAGAUAUAGUCCACGAGAAACUAACCAAUCCAGUGCUGGAAAUGGAUCAACCGGUAGAUCCUAUCAUCAAGGCUCACCAGUCCUAGUUCCAACUAGCGAGGAGUACGAGGGUGGCGCCCCCAUAGUUUCUCAUGCGGGGACAACCGUUACCGUCCGACUAGAUUCACCCACAGCGCCCUCUUAUUCUCCGCCAAUGAAUGACAUCGGUAUUCGAGCGAAUGCUGGACUUCAACAAUCAACUGGUCAGCAUCAUCAUCAACUUGUCACAGGAUAUGUGAACGCUGGAGGAGUAAAUAUCAAGUACGAAACACCAGAAACGUCAAACGCCGCAGUAGUAGCAGCGGCUGCUGCUGCGAUUCCAGUCGACAAUAUCAAAAUAUCGAACACGUACACUACUCUCGAAACGGUACCGAUUCCUCCCACGCAGGCUAUUCAAUAUCCUCAGUAUAUAUCCGGUAGUGAGACGUUUCAGCAAGCUCCAACUUAUACUUAUACAAAACCAGGAGAACAAGUGAUUCUGACGUAUCCAUCACCAGUUCAGUUGCCCUCGCGCAUUCCUGGGGUAGAAUCAGGGAGCACGUACAUGAAAGGUGAUCCAACGUUAGCAUCUUCGUUGGGAAGUACGCGUGGAGUGGCAUCUCUGCAUUACGAACAACCAGGAUCUCCAGGAUCUCAAAUGACGUAUGGAAGCGGAACUAGUACGUAUCCAUAUGCCAAAGCGACUCCUUCAGCCGAUUAUUGGUCGACCGCAGGAACUCCGUCUCCACCUACGUUCGAUUGCGUCCAGGGAUACCAAACGGCAAUUUCCGUUGGCGAUACUAAUAUACUCUAUUCUGGCGGUGUAUACAGUGUGUCAACUGGAAACACUACGUCUUCAUGGUCUAACAAUCUAUCGCUAUCCAAUACCGAGGAGAAUUUCGAGGGAACGAUCAUGAGUGCGGAUCCUAAAGAGUGUUAUAAUUGCACAAGUUUGACUAAUAUAUUAAGGAGGGACGAAGCUGGGAAUUACUUGUGUCAAAAUUGUGCCUAUACAGCAAACAAGAUAAACGGUAUAAAUAGAUCAUCCAUUAAAUGCGGCAAACCGAAGCAAGCUGUCGCCACGGCGGGUGUUCGAAGAACCGGUGUUCAAUGCGCGAAUUGCAGGACGAGCAAUACGACCCUGUGGCGACGAAAUAACAACGGCGAGCCAGUGUGUAAUGCAUGCGGUCUCUACUACAAAUUACACAACGUGAACAGGCCGCUCAGCAUGAAGAAAGAGGGAAUACAGACAAGGAAAAGAAAACCAAAAAACAAUUCGGGAAUAAGUGGGAAUUUGGCAGGACCAAGUGGCAUGCACAAGACCGAGAUUAAGUCUGAUUUACUCGCGAGCUCGCAGUUGAAUAUGUAUAGGAGUGGUGGUAGUGGUAAUGGGGGCGGGAUAGGGACCAAUGCAGAGAUGAGACAAGAGACCGAGAGCGAGACAGCUACUAGUACAGGUACGAAUGCAGGGAACCGGGGCGAGAGUGAGACCGCAAACGGUAACGCGUUGGGAGGGAACGAAGGAUCAGACGAGCGUCCACUCGUAGGUACACCGAAUACGGGAGAAUCGGGUCAUGCGCACUCGCCUCUCGCUUUACCCACUACCGCCGCGCUCAAUCGACAAACUACCCUUAUCGUGCCACCGCUAGAGCCAAUCGUUAGUCAAGCUAAUAACGAUAUUUUCACGGUUAUAACUACUACCACGGCUAUCAAUGUCGAGAGAACGUAACGAGGACAAAGAAAGAAAAUGCGGUAAAAAAAUAUUUUCGAGUGUACCGAUGUUAAAAUUAGCGCCAACAAUGAAUGGAAUGCGAGCGCCAUUCUUGCUCGAAUGGUAACUAAAGAACAUUCUGCAAAUUGACUGACAUUUUUACCGACAAAAAUUGCUUAGCUAAUUACGAACGUCGAAUUCACCGCUCAGCCUGGAUAUCUUCUCGUCACAUCGAGAGGGAAUCAAUGUGAUUCUGGCAAUCUCGAAUUAUCUAAACGAGAAACGAUAUCAACUAGCUAUUAUUGUUACUGUUCCUGCUCCUAUCUUCCUCUUUCUCUGACCAUGAUUUCUUUUUAUUUAUUUGUAUUAUUUUUAAAAUAAUUACCGAAAUCGAAUUGGUUGCGAUUUAUGUCGAUUAGAUUUGAUUUCCAACGCACAAGAUAAGCGCUAUUUUAUCGAUUAAUUCCGUUUUAUCGACUGCAAGCGAUUAUACCGACGGAUAUAGUGUUGCAAUUCCAUCGUACAAUGUCGCCCUCUAUAAGAAAAAAAAUGAAGCAUGUUCUUCGAAUGUUUGUCACUGUUCAUCGAUCUCUCAAGAUACUCGACCUUUUUAUUCAUUAACUCUUUCAUCUCCGUACACCUUUGUUUUCAUCCUAUAUCCGAAUCCUAUGAAAAUUUUACGCGCAUCUCGUUGUAAAUUGGCGACGUAUCGACCAAAGUUGUCUCCUUUCGCGUACACCUACGUAUAUACGCGAUGCAUAUGCAACAUUUGCAAACAAAUAUAUAUGUGUAAUAUAUAAAAUACGAUGCAUCGCUUAUUCGUGAAAGAAACGAGUACACGUAGGUGUGUAGCGAGGCGAAUUCUCGCAAAGGAUAAUGUAAGUAACGCGCGAAGCGAAAACAAGAUAAUAAAUAAUAAAUAAUUGAACACUAAAAAAAAAAUUAAAAGGAAAUAGUAUUUAUUUGUUGGCGCAUUGUCCGUUGAGAAAUUCACACAAAUUCGACGAUACGCAUAACACAAAUAGGAAAUAAUUCGAAUCGAUUCAAUGCGUUGUAAGAUCGUUACGAAACUGCCUACUUGUUUUGUAUAGGCAUAUAUACAUAUAUACAUAUAUAUAUGUAUAAAAGCUUGUAUAUAAAGCUUGAAUAAAAGAAGUCGAAACGA